UAAACAAUUUAAAAAAACAACUGUUAGAUGAUUAUUUAAAUUUUAAAUUAACAAUAAAAAGAAACGAGUUAUAAUUGUUAGAUAUAAUUAUAAGUAAAUAAUGAGUUGUCAAUUAAAAAAUACUGAUGAUGUAUUUAAUGUAAAUAAAAAUAUUUUAGCAUCCAAUGAAUUAGAAAAUUAUAAUAAUAAUGAUAAUUUAUUGGAUUUACAACCAAAAGUAUUUAAUACAUGUGAAAUAAAUAUUAACGAUAAAUUACAAUCAGCAGAAGCUGAAUUGCAACCAGAAGAAAAUAAAUUACAAUCAGUAAUUGAAUUACCCGAAUUGUCCAAAAAUAAUUCAAAAGUUCCUGACGUAUUACAAGUUCAAAGAGAAAAUGUACAUAUUUCUGAUACAAAACUAAGUCAAGAAAAUCAUAAUACUGUUCCAGAAACUCUAGAUUCUGACACAAUCACUGAAAUUAUAAAUUAUUAUGACUGGAGCAAGACACCUAGACUGCUUUGCUCAGUCGCAGAAGAGCCACCGACGGAUUUAGAAAAUCUAACUCGUGGUUGUAUUUGGUCACCAGAUGGUACAUGUCUGCUGGUUCCAUCAGCAGAUUUUAGAAUCCGGGUCUACGAGUUGCCACGUGAACUCUACACUGGUACUUUACCAGAAACUCUACCUCUGCCUCUGCUGACUCCAGCUUUGAAAAUAAAAGAAGGUGGUCUUGUUUAUGACACCUGCUGGUAUCCGUGGAUGAGUUCCUGGGAACCUGAUACCUGUUGCUUUUUAAGUACUAGCAAAGAAACUCCCGUUCAUUUAUGGGACGCAUUUACUGGUUCGCUGCGAGCUACUUAUCGUGCUUACAAUCAAGUUGAUGAAGUUGAAGCAGCAAUAAGUGUACAAUUUGCCGAAUCCGGUAGUUCAAUAUGGACUGGUUUUGACAAUGCGCUACGUUCUUUUGAUACCAACAGGCCUGGAAGACAAAUUAAUGAUGUUUUACUUAAAAAUGACUUUCCAAAUGUACGUGGUAUCGUCAGCUGUAUUCGUGACAAUCCGGCUAUGCCUGGUUUAAUUGCUUUUGGUACUUAUUCGAAAUGUAUAGGAUUGUACAAAGAUGGACCUUUAUGUGUCUUAAAAACAGACAGUGGAGUCACGCAGAUUGAAUUCAGUGCCUGUGGUACCAAACUAUACUCAGCUGUAAGACGCAGCAAUGAAUUGAUUUGUUGGGAUCUACGCAAUCCGGGAAUUAUUUUAAAAUCAUUUGAAAAACGUCAAGCUGACACUAAUCAGCGAAUACAAUUUUGUCUUAGCAAUGAUGGGAAUCAAAUAAUAUCAGGAAGUACUGAUGGCGAAGUAAAAGUCUGGAGUCUUGAGAACUCAACGGAAACUGAGGUUUCCCCUUCAUGGAGUAUAAAAUUAUCAAAUGAUUGUAUUAAUGGUGUCAAUGCUCACAAAACAUUACCUAUACUUUCUACAUGUUCAGGACAGCGAUUUCAUGAUGAUGACAUUUGUAAAGAUAAUAGCGUCAGAUUUUGGUACUGUGGUCCCGACGAUACAGCGUAAAUUUAAUCAUCAAAAAACAUGUGAUACCGAAGUACAAAAUUAAAUCAACAGUAAAUUUUUUCAACGACGAUCUCAACAAAAUAUUAAACUGAUACACAAUUAAAUUUAUUCAAAUAAGUAAAUCUAUAAAUAAAUGAACAAUGAAAACUUAUUUUAAUCUAGACACUUAAUUUAUUCAAGAUAAAUCUAUAUCA